AUGCUAUAUGAAUUUAUCUGUUGUACAGAAUUGCCAAUCCUGUGUUUGCAAUUAUGCAAUUUAUGCCUUUUUUCAAUGGGUUGUCAAGUUUGUCAUUUUAAUGAAGAAAACGUUUUUAUGACUGACUUUUCUAAAGGUGCCUCCUCGUUUCGAGAAUUAAGCAUGGCAAUUUUGAAGACCAUUACCAUAGCAAGACGAAAUCAGUCAACAGUUAGUGGAACGGUUGAUCAACUCCCAGAAUCUCAUCUAAUUCAAACUUUGUCCGCAUCUACAAGUAAUAUAACUUCAGACGAGAAUUCAGAUGUUCAUUUAUUCAAUGCAGUUGAACUGUUACCUGAAUAUCAACACAUUCUUUCUUGGUCAUGGAAGACACUUAAGUUUUGUUCCAGUAUUAUUGCUAGUUGGUCAGCUAUACAAUUCAAGUUGAAUCAGAAAGAAAUCAGCUUAGAUCAGAUGGUGCUCAUUUCAAAAAUUGGUUAUCAACUGCUGCAUCAAUUACUGCAAUGUCGUCAUAAGGGAUCUAUUGAGGCAAUCUACUUCAAUCUUCUGCUAUAUAUGCAAACUACUGAAGCCUACAAAUCUUCGUCAAUAGUAGUAAAUGAAGCAGUACCGGAUUCACAAGUCGAUUGCGAAGACUUUCCUUCUGGUGUUGAAUAUUCGCUGAUGUCCAGUGGUAGGCUGUUGUUAGCUGAUGAUGUGCUGCGCAUCUGUUGGCAAGUAAUGAACAAUAGUGCUUACUCUGUCACUAGACGUGGCGCUGGUUUGAAACCAGCUAUUCGUGCAUGUCUUUUGGUUAAAUCAUGUAAUGGACUUGAGGACCCACCUUGUUCACUUGUUCGUUGUUUGCAAAGUUUGUUUAAAAUCACCCAGUCAGAUGAUAAAGAUUAUAUUGCCAGUGUGGAUUGUGUAUCUGGUUCAAAUACUCUUCAUGAUUCACCACGAGUUUUCGCUUUGCAUUUACUGCAUGGCUUGUUUAUGGAUGCUCAACUACGCGUUCAUGAGCAUCCUGUUCCUUCAGAAAAUGGUUAUUCACCUAGCAAUAACUGGACAAUUGAAGCUCUUCAGUUGGCGGUUAUUCCGGGUUUUAGUUCAAAGAAGUGGAAUGUUUGGAAUGCUGCUCUACAGCUGCACAUCAUAUAA